AUGUCUUCUGCAGAGGCGAGCCUAGCGGCGGGUGCCGCUGCAGCGGAAGCAUUGGUUGCUGCCCAGCAGCAUGACCAGCAGCAGCACUGGGGUAUAGAGGGUUCAUCAAGUGGUGGUGAUGAUAAGACAGUAUCUGCAGGUACAACAACAGUUGUGAACAGCAACAGCAGCAGCAGCAGCAGCAGCAGUAACAGCAGCAGCAAUAAUACAGUAGUAGGGAAUCCAGGUGAUGAGGAAUCAGGGAGUAGCUUAGCUGAGGGACUAGCUAGCGGUAUACUCCCUUGUCGUAAGAGGAAGGCUCCAGAGGAAUUGCCACAAAUUGACGAGGCCACAGCUGAGCGUCUAAAGAGGGCCACCGACUCCCUCACUAAGGAGCAGCUAAAGAUGCUCCUAGCUAGGGCUUGCUCCCAUUACCCUGCUGUAGAGAAUGCAUUGUAUGCUAUGAUAGAGGCAGACCCUAGUAGCCGUCGUCUUAUGAUAAGAAAUGUUCCUUAUACUGCUACCGAGACGUCUCUUAAGCAGACAGUAGAGGCUUACGGUCCUAUUGAGGACUUUAAGCUUGUUAUAGAUAGAAAUACAGGUACGAAAACAAGGGGAUAA